AUGCCGUCAAGAGCGACAGCGAGGCGCCGGCGAUUCUUCAUCGACCUGGCCGCGAACGCGUGGCUCAGUCUUUCCAACACACGUGCGCUUGAGCGCGACUAUGGAUGGGAAGGCCUCUGUAUCGAGGCCAACCCCAUGUACCACGCCGACCUCCUCUCUCGGAGGAACUGCACCGUCGUCGGAGUGGCCAUCGCGAGCACCGAGGACACUGUGCAGUUCGUCGCAUCCCGCAAAGCUCUCGGUGGGAUCGUCGGUGCCGGCAUGGAUAAUAAGCAGGCAACGAACACGAGCGAGAUGAGAACGAUCCCAUUCUCGCGGAUUCUUGAAGAAUUUAAGGCACCAAAGACCAUCGACUACUUGUCUCUCGAUGUUGAGGCGUGCGUCCGUCCGGACCCCCAUCCAUGCUCCGACCCCCUCACGCGCGCUACGCCACACACCUCAGUCGCCGUGCUCACACCACGACCGAAAUCGCAGGGGGCGGAGAGCCUCGUGAUGUCCUCAUUUCCAUGGGACUCAUACACCAUCUCCGUGCUCACCGUUGAGCGGCCCAAGCCGGACCUCGUGCAGAUGCUCCAAGCGCACGGCUAUGUUUGGCAGUGCAACCACGGCACGUUUGGCGACGAGCUGUGGCUUUCGCGGAAGGCCCUCGAGUCGCAACACGUCCAGAAUAUGCUCGCGCGGGGCAUCCAAGGCUGCUGCAAGCCCCGCUCGCACACAGAGUACAGGAGCUGCGCGCAGUAG